GUGUGAUGGCUGGGUUCAAUAUGAGCGGAGAUCUCCAGAAGCCUGCUACCAACAUCCCCCUGGGGUCUCUGGCUGCUAUUGGCACCUCGUGGUUUCUAUACAUGGUCUUUGUUUUUUUGCUGGGAGCCAUUUGUACCCGUCAGUCACUCCGCUAUGACUUCAUGAUAGCAGAGAAGGUAUCCUUGGUGGGUUUCUUGUUUUUGCUAGGGCUGUACAUCUCGUCCCUGGCCUCCUGCAUGGGAGGGCUGUACGGAGCUCCCAGGAUCAUGCAGUGCAUCGCCCAGGAGAACGUGAUCCCCAUGCUCGCCUUCCUUGGACGUGGGAAAGGACCCAACAAGACUCCAGUGGCUGCGAUUUGCUUAACAAGUCUCAUCACCAUGGCUUUCGUCUUGAUUGGGCAAGUGAACAUUCUUGCUCCCAUAGUCACCAUCAACUUCAUGUUGACGUAUAUUGCUGUAGACUAUUCCUAUUUCUCGAUCUCCUUAAGCUACAACGUUCAGCAGAAACCUGACAAGACCCAGAUGGAAAACACUAGACCUGCUCACUCUUCCCAGCCUUUAAUUUUCAACAAGCCCUCCAGCCAUGCAGCAGAUGGAGUAAUUCAAAGCAGAUCAAAUGGCACCUUGCUGGAAUUCACAAAAGACAUGGACCAGCUUUUUAAACCAUUUCGUAGCGAGCCAGGUACUUGCAAAAAAGGAGGAGCCGAGAAUUUAACCCAAAAGGUCAAACAAAAGAACGCAAAGAAGCCAGCCAAGCAGACGUUACAAGACAGCUUUCUCCUGGAUCUCCACCACGAUGCUCCCCCGGCUCAGUACGGCUGGGAUGAGACUGCGGAGCCCCGCAGCGAGAGCCAGCAGGACCUGGCUGAGCAGGGCUGUCGGCAAGAUGCGGGUCCAUGCCCAUCGCCUGCUGCAGUUGCCCAGUGGACACCCGGGCUGCUGGAGCGGGGGGAGCAGCUCUGCAGCGAGGUGCCGGCGCUCCCCGGCCAGAGGGGAGAAGAAUCAUCUAUAAAACAACAAAAUCCAGAGCUGGGAAUUCAGCAACUACCAGAAUCCUUCUACUCCAAAUUCUUCAGUCACUGGGUUUCCUUUGCUGGUGCGAUCGUGUCCUUCAUCAUAAUGUUUGUCAUUCAGUGGAUCUACACCCUUGUCAGCCUGGGUGCGGCGGUUAUUCUCUAUUUCUACAUCGGCCAAGUGAGCCCGGGACUCCCCCUUGGAGCAGCAGCGAAUUUCAGUUUCUUCGGCUGGAUUAAGUCGGUUUUGAUCACCUCGUGCAGGAGAAGGCCAUCUCCCAAGGAGCAGUUCGUGGUGACACCGUCCUUUGCAACAGUUGGCAUGGAGACCACGCAGCUCACCGAGGAGAACGCAGACUUCGCCUCGCGGGACCGCUAUCACCAGUCCUCGCUUAUCAGCAGAGAGGGGUUUGGGAAUCAAUUCCAGUAA